AUGGCAAAUUUAAACCAUACUACUCUACCGCUUAAAGACAACCUUACCGUUGCAUCGGGCGAUAUCAUACCCAUGGUAUCGAAGUUCGAAGACGAAGCUAGCUCUAGUGCUGGUACAAAUACAUCAAGCCCCUCUAUCUCUGCCAUGGAAAAAUCAAAUGUUACGACACGAAACGAAUACUUAAAGCCGAGCUUUUUCUACCAGCAACCACUACGAAUUGCUUGUCUAAGGGCCAAAGGCAAACCAGUGCUGCUUUUCGACAAGCAGAUGAGAUCGAUUCAGGAUGGCCAGCUCACCUAUUCAAACUUUGGGACAUCCGAAAGGAUGUUCCGGCUUGGGGUUCAACCGUUCAAGAUUCAACAUGAAAUGUUUAUAAAGAGAACUAGGGGUCAUCCAAAUUGGGAAAGGCCAGACAAACAUUUGAGAGAUUACCUACAGAGGCGUCGGAGACUCGACUGUCUGGCUGACAACGGCUGCAUCUGCGACCAGGAUACAGGGAAGAUCAUACCGCCUCCGAAUCCAGGACAAGACAGUCACUGUCGGGAUCGUUUCAUCGCAGCUGCUUGUGCCUUUAUUCUCGGUAGGUGA